UUCCCGGCACAGUUGUGGACCAUGGGCACCGGCGGGAGGUGCGGUCCUCGGCCAGGGAAAGGCGGCAUCGAGGGGGCGGCUGCCACUCCUCCCGCGGCAUCGGCCUCCUGCCAGUACAGGUGCAUCGAGUGCAAUGAAGAAGCCAAGGAGCUGUACCGAGACUAUCACCACGGUGUGCUCAAGAUAACCAUUUGCAAAUCCUGCCAGAAACCUGUAGACAAAUAUAUCGAGUAUGAUCCUGUUAUCAUCUUAAUUAAUGCAAUUUUAUGCAAAGCCCAGGCCUACAGACAUAUUCUUUUCAAUACUAAAAUAAAUAUCCAUGGAAAACUGUGCAUCUUUUGUUUGCUCUGUGAGGCAUACCUGAGGUGGUGGCAGCUUCAGGACUCGAACCAGAACAUUGACCCUGAUGACUUGAUCAGAUACGCUAAGGAAUGGGAGUUCUACAGAAUGUUCGCAAUUGCUUCUUUAGAACAAACCGCCUUUUUUAUUGGCAUUUUUACCUUUUUGUGGGUUGAACAACCAAUGACAGCGGAGAAAAAGCCCAACUUCCUUUUACUGCUGAAAGCAUUAUUACUGUCUAGCUAUGGAAAACUCCUGCUGAUUCCAGCUGUCAUUUGGGAACAUGACUACACACCACUGUGCCUCAAACUCAUCAAAGUGUUUGUCCUUACAUCAAACUUUCAGGCCAUUAGAGUGACCCUGAACACAAGCCGGAAGCUGUCCUUGUUGGCCAUCCUGAGUGGAUUACUUCUGGAGAGUGCCAUGGUUUACCUCUUCCAGAGGAUGGAGUGGGAUGUUGGCAGUGACUGCGCCAUCUAUAAGUCUCAGGACCUGUGAAGAG